CCAGCCUCCCACAGCUCCCUGCAGUUAAAAAGCAGGAGAUAAAUGCAUUUCACAGGAGGCAAGAGAAAGUCUUGCAGGACAGGCUGCCUCUCACGUAAGGAUGCUGCAGUCCAGUGUGUCUGCGCUGGGCCCGACCUCCGUUUUGGCCUCUCCAUGGCAUCUUCUGCUGUUUGGAGCGGCUUCCUGGCUUCUGGCCAAAAUUCUUGCCUGGACCUACUCAUUCUGUGAGAACUGCUCCCGCCUCAGAUGCUUCCCUCAGACCCCUAGGAGGAACUGGUUUUUAGGUCACCUGGGCAUGAUCCAGAGCAAUGAGGAAGGCAUGCAGAUGGUGACCGAAAUGGGCAAGACCUUCCGAGAUGUCCAAGUUCUUUGGCUGGGACCCGUCAUCCCUGUGCUGAGGCUUGUCGACCCUGCGUUUGUUGCCCCUCUGCUCCAUGCCCCAGCUUUGGUGGCCCCCAAGGACAUGACUUUCUUAGGCUUCCUGAAGCCCUGGCUGGGGGAUGGGCUCUUCCUGAGUUCAGGUGACAAGUGGAGCCAACGUCGUCGUCUGCUGACACCAGCCUUCCACUUUGACAUCCUGAAGCCCUAUGUGAAGAUUUUUAACAAGAGUGUGAACAUCAUGCAUGACAAGUGGAAGCGCCUGUCCUCGGAAGGCAGUGCACGUCUGGAAAUGUUUGAGAACAUCAGCCUCAUGACCUUGGACAGUUUGCAGAGAUGCCUCUUUGGCUUUGACAGCAACUGUCAAGACUCUCCCAGUGAAUACAUUGCUGCCAUCUUGGAACUCAGCUCUCUCAUAGUAAAAAGGUCCCAGAAGCUCUUCCUGUUUUCGGACUUCCUGUACUACCUCACUGCUAAUGGGCAACGCUUCCACAAGGCCUGUGACCUGGUGCAUGACUUCACAGAUGCUGUCAUCAGGGAGAGACGCCGCAUCCUCUCUAGCCAAAGUGUUGAUGAGUUCCUGAAAUCCAAGGCUAAGUCCAAGACUUUGGACUUCAUUGAUGUGCUCCUGUUAGCCAAGGAUGAACAUGGAAAGGAGCUGUCAGAUGAAGACAUCCGGGCAGAGGCUGACACCUUCAUGUUUGGAGGCCAUGACACCACUGCCAGUGGGCUCUCCUGGGUCCUGUACAACCUGGCGAGGCACCCAGAAUACCAGGAGCGCUGCCGGCAGGAGGUUCGGGAGCUGCUGAGGGACCGAGAGCCUCAGGAGAUUGAGUGGGACGACCUGGCCCAGCUGCCCUUCCUCACCAUGUGCAUCAAGGAGAGUCUGCGGCUGCACCCUCCGGUCAUAGACCUUCUUCGCCGCUGCACCCAGGACAUUGUGCUGCCUGAUGGCAGGGUCAUCCCCAAAGGGAACAUCUGUAUCAUCAGCGUCUUUGGUAUCCAUCACAAUCCUUCAGUCUGGCCAGACCCUGAGGUCUACGACCCCUUCCGAUUUGACCCAGAAAACCCUCAGAAGAGGUCACCUCUGGCUUUUAUUCCCUUCUCUGCAGGGCCCAGGAACUGUAUAGGACAGACUUUCGCCAUGACCGAGAUGAAGGUGGUGCUGGCGCUGACACUGCUGCGUUUCCGCAUCCUGCCCGACAACAAGGAGCCCCGCCGGAAGCCGGAGUUGAUCCUGCGCGCAGAGGGCGGGCUGUGGCUGCGGGUGGAGCCCCUGAGCUCACAGUGACCCCUACGCCUGACCUGGGACCUCCUCAUCCCACCCGCCCAUCCACCCACCGAACUCGGUGGAGCCCAGAAAUAAGCCGAGCCCCGUUAUGCGCCAGCAGGGGGCGCUGGAGGACAACAGAACCCGCUGUGGUCUGGGCGGGUAGAGGCGGGGCUGCUGUUUUUGAGCCAAAGAACCUUACUGUUUUCUAAUUAGCCAUGCUGUUGACAUAGAAAACUUGCUCAGGUUUGGACUUCAUUUUGUAAAAGCCACUGUAGCUUUUUGAGCAGAGUAGGAGAGGGAGCAAGGUUUCGGGCCUGCUUGAGACUCCUAGGCACUGAAGCAAAGCCUUAAUUGCACUGUUUCCGUUUUCUUCUACUUCCUCCUCUUCUGUUUCAUCGUAUUUGAAGCGAUUGUCCAGAUUUUGUCCUCUUCGUGCUGCACUUACAGGAGUGGGCUGCUACACCACACCUGGAGGAAUAUUUGUAAAGUUUGAGUAAAGUGGUUUCCCAGAAAAGGGAAAUCCUGGCGCCCUUGAGAAGAGCGUUAAAAGACAUUCCAGACUUGUGAUGCCCGAGAUCACCAAGGCAGCUUAAAAUGAAUGAAAUCACACUUCCAGGAUCCUUUUUACUUUUGUCUUGGGCGAUGUUCAUUAAGAAUCCCACUGACUUCACAAGACUCUUCUUAGAGUUUUCCCUUCUUAUAGCACUUUCGGGCUUCCAUUUCUCCUUCCUUCUCAUCAUGAGACCGUUAAAACUGUCAGGUGGGCAUGGUGACUUGGAUCUCUAAUCCAGUACUUUGGUGGGCGAGGCAGAGGGUCAUGAGUUGGAGACUAUGUUGGAAUACAUAGAAAGUCUGAGACAAGCCUGGGCAACAUGAUGAAACUAUGUCUCCAGAAAUAAAACUUAAACCGAUUAAAAAUUUGA